AUGGUUGUCACACAAGGAACACGUCUUUACAUUACUACUUUGGCAUAUUAUUAUAGCUUGGGCAUGUUGGUGAUGGUACCUCUGGCAGCAACAGGAUACGGAUCUCAAAGCAAGAAUGCUGUGCGUUGGCUCAAUGGUACGCAUGAUAUUGGAUCUACAACGCAAGACUUGUUGAUUAACAAGCUUUACAAUGGAACAGCAGCAGCACAAUAUGGAUGGCAUGGAGAUACGGGGUUUAUUCGAGGGAAGGAGGCUAUUGAGAAGUAUCACAAGGAUCAAGAAGGCUUUUCCUCGGUCAUAUCAUUGGCGCGUCAAGAAAGUUAUUGUACUGUGUACUGCCUUGGGGAGACCAUGUUGCCCUUACCACCUCCUGUGGAAACAUGUGCUCAUGGUGCUAUGGCUUAUUGCAAGACCAAUUUAAACACGCAUCCUCUGUUCACUGUUGCAGCAUGCGGAUCCACGGCUCAAUGUGGUGUCAAAGUCGACUGGUGA